AUGGUUGACGCUACUGACAAAAAGAAGAGAACAUUCAAGCAAUUCUCCUUCAAGGGUGUUGAUUUAAAAGAUUUGGUUGAAAUGCCAACCGAAGAAUUCACCAAAUUGUGUGGAGCUAGAGUAAGAAGAAGAUUCUCUAGAGGUUUGGACUCCAAGCCAAUGGGUCUCAUCAAAAAAUUGAGAGCUGCCAGAGCUGCCACUGAACCAAAUGAAAGACCAGCUAUUGUCAAGACUCACUUGAGAAACAUGAUUGUUGUUCCAGAAAUGAUUGGUUCCGUUGUUGGUGUUUACAAUGGUAAGGUUUUCAACACUGUUGAAAUCAAACCAGAAAUGGUUGGUCACUACUUGGGUGAAUUCUCAAUUUCAUAUACUCCAGUUAGACACGGUAGAGCUGGUAACGCUUCAUCAAGAUUCAUGCCAUUGAGAUAA